CUAAAAGACGCCCCUGUAUUCUCUUGCCCGUCUUCCCAUCUCUUUUUCCACCGGGGCACACGUAAGAUAGCAGCAGCAGCAACAGCAACACCGUCAGCCAUGGCCGAGUUCACGCCUUUCUGGGAGCAGCCCAGCCACCCGGGCCUCAUCCGGGUUGUUAAGGGCAGCCGCCCUUACACGGCGGCGGCCUACUCGCUCGUCUCGCUGCCCGCAGGGGCACACUUCGCUGCCAUCACGACGGCCACGUCGGUGCCGCACACGACAUACACGUCGGUGGCGACGGGGUCCGACUCGCGCAUCGAGCUCAACUCGGACCUCGUCUACUGCAACCACUCGUGCCGGCCGAGCCUCGUCUUCGACAUGACGCGGUUCGAGGUGCGCGUCGCCGAUGACCGACCUUUGGGUGUCGGUGACGCCCUCACCUUUUUCUACCCGAGCACCGAGUGGGACAUGGUGCAGCCGUUUAGCUGCGAGUGUGGCGCCGGGGACGGCGUCUGCCUCAAGCGCGUCGCGGGUGCGAGCGCCAUCGACCCGGAGGUCCUGCUGGCGCGCUGGUGGCUCAAUGAGCACGUCCGCGCCCUCGCCACCGAGAAGAAGAAGAAGACGGCGAUGAUGAGGACUACGAUGAUGCGCACAUCGCGAGGCCUCGCGGAUGCAACUACGGCUGGUGGUGCUGGUGGUGAAGCUGUGACGGCGGCGGCGGCAGAGGGACCGAUGGCGGCCGUCUAAAUGUUUACACCUGCGGUGACGUUCUUUAUCCAAGGUACCUACUAGACAAAGUAGACAAUAGAC